UCACCGAAAAAAAAAGAGAAGAAAAAGGAAACUGCAAACCACCAGCGGAAGACGAAGUUGAGGAGAGCAUCGCCGGAGUCAGAGACGGCGCGGCGAUUCCGGCUCAACAAACCACAAGGGAACAAGACGGGGGGUGGCGGCGCGGAGAUGGGGAGCCCUCUCGGCGGGUGGCCGUCGUACAACCCGCACAACUUCAGCCAGCUCGUCCCGGCCGACCCCUCCGCUCAGCCCUCGAAUGUCACACCAGCCACUUACAUUGCAACUCACAGGACAGAUCCGCCUCCCAAUCAAGUGAUAACCACAGAGCCCAGGAACAUCCUGCUGAGGCACUUCUACCAGAAAUCUGAGGAGAAGCUGAGGCCAAAGAGAGCAGCUCCAGACAAUCUCGCUCCGGAGAACAACAACAAACAGCCCAGGGGUCCUGUCGCCGAUGUUGCAAGCCAGUCAAACGCAAGAAGCUAAACCAUAGCUGGUGAUUGUCCUCCUCUUCAAUCCCUCGAUGUCAUGCGACGUCUCUCUUGAUCGCUGAUGGUUGAUCCAAAGAGCUAAGCAGUUUUACAUGCAUGAAUGUAUAUAGCAUAGCAACCUCAAGAUAGCUAGCUCAGUGCGUGACCUUUCACAUGGCGCUGCUGGACUGCAAUCAAUACUUCUUUUCAUCCUCUGAAAAUUAUGAAUGUGCCCAUGCUCCUAUGCUAGCCCUGGUCGCUUGUGUCUUCAACAUUUUGAUCGUGCAGGCAGCCAUGGUCCCCCAUCCCAUAUGAUAAUUGCGUCGCGUCAGCCUCUUUUGAAAGGCUGACGGUGAUGAUUGCCCUC